CCGGGCCCUGCAGCCCUGGGCGCGCGCAGCCAGCCUGGCCCUUUGAUCAAAGAAGCCUCAUUAAGUGGAGCUGAGUGAAGAAAGGCCACGUGGGCGGAAGGUGGCACCUGAAGAAGGACGGGGUCCGGUGCUUCGCUGUCGCCCUGGUGUCCAGCUCCGGUCCGCCAUUGCCUUGCUGCAGCCUGUGAGACUCUCUGCAGUCCCCAGAAUUCCGAAGAACUGCAUGACUUGGCCAGCCUGUUCUAGGGCCUGGCAGAAAGUCAACACAGUCCCCAACCUGAACCGGUCAGUUACUUCUAGAAGAAGAGGAAGACCUAUGACAUCCUUGAAGAGUUACUUGCUGCAUACUUCCCUCAGGCCCUGCGGGCAAUAAAGGGCUAUCUGUUCAGGUCCUCUCUGCACUGGACACCUGCGGUUCACCUCUUAUGCACUCCAGCACCCCCAUCAGCUCCCUCUUCUCCUUCACCAGCCCAGCAGUGAAGAGACUGCUAGGCUGGAAGCAAGGAGAUGAAGAGGAAAAGUGGGCAGAGAAAGCAGUAGACUCUUUAGUGAAGAAAUUAAAGAAAAAGAAAGGAGCCAUGGAUGAGCUGGAGAGGGCCCUCAGCUGUCCGGGGCAGCCCAGCAAAUGUGUGACAAUCCCCAGGUCCCUAGAUGGGCGGCUGCAGGUGUCUCACCGCAAGGGGCUGCCCCAUGUCAUUUACUGCCGAGUGUGGCGCUGGCCUGACCUGCAGUCCCACCACGAGUUGAAGCCGCUGGAAUGCUGUGAGUUCCCAUUUGGCUCCAAGCAGAAAGAGGUGUGCAUUAACCCCUAUCACUACCGCCGGGUGGAGACGCCAGUGCUGCCGCCGGUGCUCGUGCCAAGACACAGUGAAUAUAACCCCCAGCUCAGCCUCCUGGCCAAGUUCCGCAGUGCCUCCCUCCACAGUGAGCCUCUCAUGCCGCACAACGCCACCUAUCCUGACUCUUUCCAGCAGCCUCCAUGCCCCGCGUUCCCUCCCUCGCCCGGGCCCGGGCACGUGUUCUCACAGUCCCCGUGUACCGCCGGCUACCCUCACUCCCCAGGAAGCCCCUCUGAGCCAGAGAGCCCCUAUCAACACUCAGUUGACACACCACCCCCGCCUUAUCAUGCCACAGAAGCCCCAGGGACCCAGAAUGGCCGACCUGUAGAUGCCACAGCUGAUAGUCAUUUAGUGCUGUCAGUGCCUCAUGGAGACUUUCGACCGGUUUGCUACGAGGAGCCGCAGCACUGGUGCUCUGUUGCGUACUAUGAACUGAACAACCGAGUUGGGGAGACGUUCCAGGCCUCCUCCCGAAGCGUGCUUAUAGAUGGAUUCACAGACCCUUCAAAUAACAGGAACAGAUUCUGUCUUGGACUUCUUUCUAAUGUAAACAGAAACUCAACAAUAGAAAACACCAGGAGACACAUAGGAAAGGGCGUGCAUUUAUACUAUGUUGGGGGAGAAGUGUACGCCGAGUGUGUGAGUGACAGCAGCAUCUUCGUGCAGAGCCGGAACUGCAACUAUCAGCACGGCUUCCACCCGGCCACCGUCUGCAAGAUCCCCAGCGGCUGCAGCCUCAAGAUCUUCAACAACCAGCUCUUUGCUCAGCUGCUGGCGCAGUCAGUUCACCAUGGGUUCGAAGUCGUCUACGAGUUAACUAAGAUGUGCACUAUCCGGAUGAGCUUUGUGAAGGGCUGGGGAGCUGAGUAUCAUCGCCAGGAUGUCACGAGCACCCCCUGCUGGAUUGAGAUUCAUCUUCAUGGGCCACUGCAGUGGCUGGACAAAGUUCUGACUCAGAUGGGCUCUCCACAUAACCCCAUCUCAUCGGUGUCUUAACAGUCAGUCAUGCCUUCAUCGGCAUUUCUAGAGCAUAGAUGCUAUUGCAGGCAGUGGCUUACACCAUUUCAGGUUUGCAACUAACUGAAGUGUCUAAGUACAUAUGUAAAUACAUAUAAUAUAUACUAUUCAUAUUUUUUAUCACCAGUUGUUUUGUGCUUUCUAGUUAAACCUGAUGCCAGUACAACGUGAUUAGAAAAGCAGGUUUUUCACGCCUGUGCUAUAAUAAUAGGAAGCAGCUUCUAUUGUGGGCAGUAACAAAUGAAAGGCAACUGUGUCAAUAGUAUUUGAAAAAUGUUGGCAGAAUAAGAGGCGGCUUUAGUCAGCUGUGUCAUUGUAAGGCAUGUUGGGUGGCCUACCAGAAAAAUAUCAAAACCGUUUAUAUAUUACAAGGGUACUAGCAGCACUAGAGCAAAUAACACUUUCAGACAAAAGAAAAAAGCAGUCGAACCCAUAUAAUUUAAACAAUCUCACUUUUAGUGUUAUCAGCAAGGAAAACAACAACAACAACAGAUCAAGCCUGUAAAAUCAGUUAUGUAAGACAAGUCACGAAAAUGAUUUUAUUUCUCAAGUUGAAAUACCGAUAGCUGGAUGAUUGUGCUGAUAUUAAUGGUACAUAUGAAACAAAUUUAAACUGUGAUUGCAAAAGAAACUGUGAAGCUGGGAGCCACAUUGCCUCAUAAUCUACCACUGAGAAAAACAAAAAACAGAAUGAGUCUAAUACAUGGGAAGGUUAAUAUGAAAACAGCAGGAAAUGAGCAUCAUUCCCAAAUUGCAAAACAAGACCAGAACUUAGCCCAAGAAUCAGCCAGGGAGAUACUUGCUCCCCACGCAGGGAAUCAGGGCUGUGUCUUCCAGGUUCCUGAAGUCUGGCAGCCUGGCCACCUCUGGAGUCUGCACGGUGAGCGAGAGGACCGUGUGUGCACAUCUUGCGUGGAGAAGCAGCAGUAAAAUAAGAAGCAGCAGAAGAUCCUGCGUUUCCGUACCCCUUCUCACGUUCCCAUCAAGAGACUCAUGGCAAGGGCACUCCUUUUGCCGCAUUUUCCCCACACGUUGGCACAUACUAUUUACAGAUGACUAAAACCGUGGUGAAGCCUUUCAGAAAAUCUGGACACAUUGCUGGGAUGAAGUUUAUGAGUUAUUUAACUUAGUGUCUCGAUCUGCUGGUCACAUCUGGUAGCCUCUUAUAAAGCUGAAACCUCAUACCCGGAAAUAACUUCCUAAAUAGGAUAAUAAGUUCAUAAUCCUUAUAAUUUCUGGGGAACAGUGGUACUAGAGAGUGGGACACUGAAAAAAUAUAUAUGGUAUUAAAAACUAGUUCUUAGUUACUCUUGGAUGAUAAAGAAAGGAGAGGAAAAUUCCCCCCAUUUCUAGGUACUUUCAUAUAUAUAUAUAAUUCCCACCCACUAAACACUGCACUGCUUCGAAAAAUAUUUCACACCCUCUUAAAAAUGUAUAAUUUAAGAAGGUAAUUAUGCUUGCAACAGACGGUCCUUCAGUAAUCCAAGAGGCUUCUUCAUUUAUACAUUCUAUCUCAAGGCUUUUUAGCAUUAGCACACAGUCGUUGCUUCUCGUUGAAUUGUAUUCAAGGUAGAAAUGAUCCUGUGAAAAAGAUACAUGAGUGAGCGCCUACCAUCACCUCCUGUAAGCACUAGUGUUAUCUAAUAGAACCUUUCAUAUAUGCAAUAGAAAAUAGUUCCACGUUAAAAUUAGGUGGUCCAUUUAGUGUUUAGAAACCCCGUAGUUCAUUGGUUCAUCACCUAUGUACUGUGCUCCUGUGCGUGCUGGGUACAGUGUUAGGUACUGUGGAAUCCAGUGUAAACCAGAGACAGCCCCAGACUCUGGAGCUGAGAAUCUAUUAGGAAACCUGUGUAGACAUCUUGAUGUAUUUGAACUUUUAAAACAAAACAAAACCUGCAAUCUUUUUCUGCUUGAAAAAAAAAAAACCACAACGGAUGAUUUCUUAACUAUCUUUCUUUUGAAACUUACUUCCCUUCUUUUCUGACCAAUCAGGUAAGGGAUGAAGUCUUCCUUGGAUAAUUACUUUUCUUCAGUGCUUCAAAGUUAUUUGUUUUCUCUCCUUGCUUUCUUAUCUUCCAGUUUUUCCCCAUUUCUUUUCUUGGAAGAGGCUUUAAUAUGGUCAGUCUUCCUCAUAUGAGUACCUUUCCGUGAGAACAUCAGGUACACAUGGCUUUUGCUUCAGAGAUUUAACAUGACUUUCUUGAUCUCCUCACAAGUGCUCAAACUCAUCCUCUGGUAACCCGAUACCUUUGCAGAAUGAAUUGUAACUGGUUGUUUGUAAGUUACAUUUAAAAAAUUUUUUUUAAGGUUUAUUUAUUGUUGAGAGAGAGAAAAAGAGAGAGCAUGAGUUGGGGA